AUGCCAACUCCAAACGGCCACAAAGUAUCUAUUUUAUUGGAAUUGCUUGGCCUUGAAUAUGAAUUUCAACACUUGAAUUUUGCAAAAAGUGAACAAAAGGAACCGUGGUUUCUUGAACUCAACCCCAAUGGUAGAAUUCCAACAUUGGUCGAUUCUUCUACAAACACUACACUUUCCGAAACGGCUGCAAUUAUGCAAUAUCUUGUUGAUACAUAUGAUAAGGAAAAUAAAUUCUCUUACAAAGUUGGAACUCCAUUGUAUUAUAAACAAUUAGAAGUUUUAUACUUCCAAAUGGCUGGAGUCGGUCCUAUGCAAGGGCAAAUGGGACACUUCAAAUUUUUUGCACCAGAAACCAUUCCAUAUGGUAUUGAAAGAUAUGAGAAUGAAACUAAAAGGUUAUAUUCAGUUGUUGAGGAAUACUUGAAGCGCAAUAAAGAAAAUGGACCAUAUUUAGUUGGCAACCAUUUGUGUAUUGCAGAUAUUGCGAUUUUCACUUGGGCAUCAAAAUUACAUAGAGCUAAAAUUGAUAUCAAUAGCUGGCCUUUGGUUGCACAAUGGUUUGAAAACAUUGCAAGUUUGCCUGAAGUCCAAUUAGGUUUGACGAAGCCAAUGCUAAGCACUUAG